AUGCCACCCCAUCAAGUCAUUCAGGGCUGCAGUGUUUGGCACUGGAAAGAUAAGCUAUCCCCGGCUGAAGGCUGGAUUGUUAUCGACUCACCCGUGCCUACUCACUCGGGAGGCGGGCUCUUCCUUCACGAGGACGCAACUCUCAAUGAGGUUCGCGAUAUUGCUCGCUCUAUGAGCGCCAAACUCGCUGUGUCUUCCCAGCCUCAGGUCGUUGGUGCCAAGGGCGGCAUCAGGUUUCCUCAUGAGGACUCACGUGCUCCUCUUGUCCUGGAGCGUUUUAUUCGCGACAACGCAGCUGUCCUCUCGGAGUACUGGGGCACGGGAGGAGACCUCAACACAGACCACGACAUCAUCGACAGACACGCUAGAGCCUACUGCUCUCCGGGCACUUUGACUGCGCUUGAUGCACUCAGUCAAAAGCUUGAUAACAGCGGAUGGGGUCUCAGCGAGUUCUGUGUCGGCUAUGUGAUGGCUGCUACCCUCAAAGAGCUCAUUCUCCACACAAAGUCGGAGCUUAUGGGACAGGCUCGCCUAGUUCUCCAGGGUUUCGGUUGCGUCGGUUCUACCUUUGCCCAAGCAGCUGCCCAGCUAGGCAUCGGCCGGGUAGUUGCCGUCUCCAGUCAGUAUGGCUUUCUAGUCAACGACAAUGGCAUUGAAUGUGCCUCCAUUGAAGCCUGUCGGCGCAACACCGAGAAGACUCCUAUCUCAGGACUUGAUCCUCGGAGCCUGGAGGCUGGUCUCACAGAGGCCGAGCUAGGCGCAGCUUUGUAUACCAAGCGCAGAGCUGGCUCAACUGACGAAGAACACCUUGUCAACUUCCUCGCCGCAUCUCGGGGCGAAGUCUUUGUUCCCUGCGCUCAGCGCUAUAUCCUUACACCCCGAACACUUUCCACGUUAAGCCACGAAACCUUCGCUGAGAGCAGAGAUGAAACUCUGUCUAAACUUGAUUCUGCAUCAAUCCGGAUGCUGCCAGAGUGGAUCAGCAACUCGGGAACGGCCAACCUCUUCAUGCGAGCUUGCAGCGGCUUUGCGCUGCAGGGCUAUGGUGCAUCCAACCUCGAGGCAUCUGCGAACGACACCAAGGCCUUUGUUAACGCCGCUUUCGGCAGCGUCGGAUAUCGAGCAAGCAACAGAAUGGCUCAUUUGACCCUGACAACGCACGGGGUUGAAAGAGCUGCCGAAACAGUUAAGGAGGUCUACAACGUCAAGUUCAACAAAGAUGAGAGCCUUUAUCGACUUCCCGGUCUCGGUGACCCGACCCUCAGCAUUGUCAAAGCUCCCGAGAGCGCUGGACCUGGAGACAUCGGGCUUUCUAUACGCUUCUCUCUCUACAACAUUGUGAAGACUCGCCAAGUCUUCGAGGCUCAAAGGAUUACCUUCAAAGACCGACUAAUUCAGGACGGUUCAACUGAGCUUGUUGUCCUGCGCGAGGAAACCGGAUACCCUAUGAGCUUUUGCCAAGCCCCAGCCGAGGAGCCAUCGAAUGACGACUUUUCAACUUCCCCUAAGGUUCUAGACUCCAUAGCAGGCUCAACACGCCAUCUUGACCAUUACGCUGCCAUCAUGCCCGACACCAUACGUAUGAAAGUUUUCCAUGAGCGCAUGUUGGGUUUCACUUCACUUCGGACUUUUACCGUCAACACGGGAUCCGCUGCCGAUGGUGGCGAUGAUGGGCUGAUACAAGUUAUGGGCAUCCCCUUUGAUGCCAAGCGAGUUGUUAUUCUUACUGAAGGGUUGAACCCUGAUUCGGUCUUUUACAAGCUGAUGAUGCGUCAUGAUGGAGCUUAUGUCCACCAUGUUGCACUGGAGGUUGAAGACGUUGGCGCCGUUUUCGCUGAAGUGAGGGCCAGAGGCUGGACUACUACGGCGGAAGAUCUUAGCUACGAUGUUGCCACAGGUCUUCGUCAGUUCUUCUUGAAGGAAGAUGAAACCGGUUGCAUUUUGGAGCUGAUUGGGCGUAGUAGUAAGGACAACAAGUCAGAGAACCAGGAAAAGUCAUCUUCUGGCCCUGCGGAUGAUGGAGACGUUGUCAAAGAUGAUGGUGCGGAUGAUAUUGGCAAUUAUGCCAACGGCCAGGUGGCAUUCCGCACGGAAAACAUUGUUGCUUUAGCUCGGUCUUUGGACCGAUCCGACUAG